AUGGAAGGAAAAGUGUACUUUCUUCACUGUGACCUUAUCCGCAUAAACUGAAUUCUGCUGGACGGACUUCUUGUUUAUCUUUUUGUUUGAGCGCUAACAGGAAUGGAUGAAUAAGGAUUUUUAUAGAUCGUUUUUAGAAGAAGAUAGUUUAGCAGUAGUUAAUUUAUUAUCCCCAUCAUGGUAUCCUUAAUUGCAUGCUUUUUAAACAGCAUUGGCAAAUUGAUUCCAAAACCUCACUCUUACCAUACUCAUGCCUUUGGUUUACCUUUACCUCAAGCGUUUCACAGAUCUGUAGACCCUGCCUGGCUUGAAGAAUUUGAGGAGAUACUAGUCAUUGGAGAUGUGCAUGGAUGCUAUGACGAACUUAAAUUACUGUUAAAAAAAGCUAAUGCUGAAGAAGAUUCUGUCCUGAAGAUCUUUGUUGGAGAUCUGGUGAAUAAAGGACCCAAAAGUAAAGAAGUUCUGAAUUUAUUGAUGAAUUCUACAUCUAUGGUUUCAGUUAGGGGCAAUCACGACGAAGUUGUCCUACGAGAAUAUUUUGAGUCAAAAAACCCUAAUUACAAACUGAGUCCAGAAAACGCCUGGAUCAAUGAUUUAAGAAUGGAUGAGGUUCGAUAUCUAGUGGAACUACCUUAUACUAUUUCUCUACCAUCGUUGAAUACCAUUAUAGUCCAUGCGGGACUUUUACCUGGAAUGCCAUUGGAGAGUAAUGAUAUCAUGGAUAUGGUUGUAAUGAGGAAUAUAAUUGUAUCAGAUUAUUUCUGGGAUGGUGGUCUUUUGGCGACCAAAAAUCCAAAGGAAGGAGAACCGUGGGCAUCACUUUGGAGAGGUCCACAACAUGUAUAUUUUGGACAUGAUGCCAAGCGAAUGUUGCAGUGCUAUUCACAUGCUACAGGUCUGGAUACCGGCUGUGUGUAUGGAAACUGGUUAACAGGAGUUUUUAUUAAAGGUAAAAGAAAAGGAGAAUUUGUGAAGCAAGAUGCGUUGAAAACACACAAAAAAACGAAGUCUAAAGACUAAUCAUACUGUGUAAAUAACAGAUUUAUGAUGUUAUGUAUAAUUAUUAAUAAAGUUGCAUAAACAUUA